AUGGCGCUCUUUCUUGCCCUUGCCAGCUUGACGCUGGUUCCUCUGGCUUCUGGUCAGCUGUAUGAUCCAAGUCAGCGACCUGAUGGAGCUUAUGAAUACAUUCAGCCGGAGAACACAACCAUCCUUGGGAAUUAUGGCCACUCUCCGGCAGUAUAUCCUUCGCCAAACAUUACUGGGGUUGGUGGAUGGGAAGAUGCUCUGACCAAAGCCAGGGCGUUCGUUGCUGAAUUAACGCCUGCUGAGAAGGCUGAUAUGGUGACUGGCCAGCCCGGACCUUGCGUGGGUAACAUUGUGGCUAUCCCCCGCCUAGGCUUCAAAGGUCUCUGUCUCCAGGACGGCCCUCUCUCUCUCCGCAAUGCGGACUACGCUAGCGUGUUUGCUGCUGGUAUCUCCAUCGCCUCGACAUGGGACAAGGAGGCAAUGUACCAGCGUGGCCUAGCCAUGGGAAAAGAAUUCAAAGCCAAAGGCGCUCACGUCCUUCUUGGUCCCGUCGCUGGACCCCUGGGUCGCUCUGCCUACGCUGGCAGGAACUGGGAGGGUUUCUCACCAGAUCCUUAUCUCACUGGCCAUGCGAUGGAACUGACGAUACGCGGACAUCAGGAUGCUGGUGUUCAGGCCACCCCGAAACAUUUCAUCGCCAACGAGCAGGAAAUCAUGCGUAACCCUGCCUUCAAUCCCAAUGGCACACUCACCGAUCAUCUUCAGGCCGCUAUCUCCUCCAACCUUGACGACCGAACCAUGCAUGAACUCUACCUCUGGCCAUUUGCUAAUGCCAUCCACGCCAAGGCUGCUAGUAUCAUGUGCUCUUACCAGCGAAUCAAUGGUUCGUAUGGCUGCCAAAACUCCAAGACCCUCAACGGCAUCCUCAAAGAGGAGCUUGGAUUCCAAGGAUACGUAAUGUCAGACUGGGGCGCUACUCACUCGGGCGUAUCAGCUAUUGAGGCAGGCCUUGACAUGGACAUGCCCGGAGGCCUGGGUGCAGCUGGGAUGACUUGGACGGCGUCGUAUUUCGGCGAGAAUGUCACCACGGCCCUGACCAACGGAACACUUGCCGAGUCUCGUCUUGAUGACAUGAUUCUCCGAGUCAUGGCUCCAUAUUACUGGCUUGGUCAGGAUGGAGAGGACUUUCCCUCAAUUGACCCAUCCUCAGCUGAUCUUAACACCUUCUCUCCCGCGCCCACUUGGCAGCGUGUAUUCAACCUAACUGGUCCACGUAGUCGAGACGUGCGUGCAGACCAUGGCGAACUGAUCCGCAAGCAUGGCGCUGCUGCCACUAUUUUGGUCAAGAACACCAACCAAACGCUGCCACUUAAGGCUCCCAAAUCCAUUGGUGUAUUUGGAAACGACGCCGGUGAUAUCACCCAAGGCUUCCUCAAUCAGAAAGAUUACGAAUUUGGUACUCUGACAGCAGGUGGUGGCUCUGGGACAGGACGCCUCUCGUACCUCAUCACUCCACUCGCCGCUAUCACAGAAAGAGCGAAGAAAGAUAACGCCCUUGUGCAGCAGUGGCUAAAUAAUACCCUCAUUGCCACCUCAGAUGUUCGCGACCUCUGGGUGCCCACUCCACCAGAGGUCUGCCUCGUCUUUCUCAAGACCUGGGCGACGGAGGGAGAUGAUCGAUUUUUCCUCAAGGUCGAUUGGGAUGGCGAUAAAGUGGUUGAAUCUGUCGCCUCUCAGUGCAACAACACCGUCGUGGUUACGCACUCAUCCGGAAUCAACACUCUGCCUUGGGCUGAUCACCCUAAUGUCACAGCUAUUAUUCUCUCUCACUUCCCAGGACAAGAGUCGGGCAACUCUCUCGUUGAUAUUCUCUACGGCGAUGUGAACCCAUCUGGCAAACUGCCGUACACGAUUGCCAAGAAUGGUAGCGAUUACAAUGCUCCCUUGACGACGGGGCUUCACACGGAUGGGUUUGAAGACUGGCAGUCCUGGUUCGACGAGAAGUUGGAAAUCGACUACAGAUAUUUUGACGCACACAACAUCUCUGUCCUGUAUGAGUUUGGCCAUGGACUUUCCUACACCACGUUUGAACUCGGUGGACUCACUGCCGAGACAUUGGUGGCUGGUGAUGUGACCUCAAAGCCCGAGCAGCUCCCAGUCCAGCCUGGUGGCAACCCUGCUCUGUGGGAGACCAUCUACAACGUCACGGUACCCGUAAGCAACACGGGCGGAGUUGACGGUGCGGCUGUUCCUCAACUGUAUGUCACUUUCCCUACCAGCACGCCUGAAGGUACGCCACCAAGACAACUGCGUGGGUUCGAGAAGAUUUUCCUCAAGGCCGGCGAAACAAAGGACGUCAGCUUUGAGUUGCAGCGGCGAGAUCUGAGCUUCUGGGAUAUUAUCUCUCAGGAAUGGCUCAUUCCUACAGGCGAGUUCACCCUUAGCGUCGGUUUUAGCAGUCGCGAUUUGAAGCAGUUUACGAAACUGUCUCCAGUUGUGAAUUGA